UUCGAGUCCAUAUGUAUUUCUCCGACGAAGCAGGGAGCGAGCGACUACUGGAAGACCAGCCCUUCUCCCAGAGCUCCUCCUUCGUCUUCCUCAAUUUUUUGCACCCAUCCGGCCACGGUAAAAUAAAAAAUUAAAGACGAUGGCCGAAGUCAAUAUUGGUGAUGGCAAAGAUUAACGACAGUCAUCUUCCUCCUCACUCUCCUUCACCUCUUAAGCCGUCCGGACCACCGGCGGCGCACGGCGAUCCAACGACUAUUGCUCACUUCUGCCGCCUCUCGCCCGACGCCGAAGACGGGGCUACACCCCUCCGUUGUGGCGGCGCUUCCGGCCUCUGCUUUCACCACGGCGGAGGGGAACGAAACCGUUAUAGAGUGUUCGGUUUGUUUGAGCGUAGUGCAUGAGGGGGAGACCGAAUAUGACUCUCUCUUGUAAUUCCUAUAUAUAGGGACAUAUCUCUCAAUAUUCAAUAUGAUAAAUUAUUAUCAAAUUGUAUCAUGGUAUCUGAUAACUCGGGUUUGGGGUAAUAUUUUUUAUUCUCUUUUUGGCAUUUUUAGUAUUUUUAUUGUUUAAUAUUCAUUUGUUUAGCUUAGUUUUAUUUUAAUUCCUAUUAUUACAAACCUUUUAAUUCCAUUCAAAAAUAGUUGUUU